AUGACUGUCAAGUCAGCAAAUCCACCAACUUGCGUUAUGACCGCCUACAACUGCGUAAAUGGUCUCCACAUGGACAUGAACCGCAAACUUCUUACGGAAACUCUUCGAAACGAAUGGGGUUUUGAUGGGGUAGUCAUGAGUGAUUGGGGAGGAACAAAUUCUAUGGCAGAGAGUCUGCUGGCUGGGCUUGACCUGGAAAUGCCAGGACCUGCUGCGCACCGUGGGGCCAACCUUCUUGCUCAUCUGCAGAAGACACCAGACGAAGAAAUUCUUAAGGCAAUCGACGCCUCAUGCUCUCGCGUGCUGCGACUGUUAAGAGGGAAGAAUUUGCUCGGCCUGUCUGCAACUGAGGUCAUGGAAUCUCGCAAUAGAACGGAGACAUCUUCGUACACCGACCUUGAUCAGCAAUUAUUGCGGUCGGUGGCAGCUGAUGGGAUAGUCCUCCUGAAGAAUUCGAAGGAGAUGCUGCCACUGACUCCCGAUAAAAUCCAUGGCAAGAGAGUCGCAUUUAUUGGUCCCAACUCUUUUCAUGGAACACCAAGUGGCGGUGGCUCAUCGAACCUGAAUCAACACUAUCAGACCCAUCCUAUGGAGGCAUUCAAAGCUAUAACGGCAAGUUUGGACAUUAAAGUUGAUGUCGAGCAUUCCCCCGGUGCAUUUAGCUACAGGUACCUUCCUUUAGUAUCUAACGAGCAAUGGCAUUCUCCGCAGCGGCUGCCCGGAAUGCAACAAAAGCACAUGCUCCGCCUCGACUUUUUUGCAUCGACAGACUUUUCCGGGCCAAUUCUGGAAACUCAGUACCGCAAUAGUUCUAAUAUCGAUCUUUCUGACACCGCACCCGCUGGGCUGUCCGAGAAAGGAGAUCCAUAUUCCUUUCGUCUUUCAACUACGGUUACGCCAAAGUCUUCUGGAAUGCACGAUUUCGGAAUAGCGAGUGUUGGCAAUGCUCGACUCUAUGUGAACAAUGAUCUUCUCAUUGACAACUAUGAUUGGUUUGGUCCUGCCGAAACAUUUUAUUGUUUUGGCAGCGCGGAGAAGCGAGGGAAGCUGUAUAUGACUGCUGGCCGUUCAUAUGAGGUCCGCAUCGACUCGUCUUCCAAACUCUCUGUGAAGCCAGAUUCCAAUCAAUCCGACGCCACCUAUGUCUAUGGCAUUCAACCUAGCGUACGGUUUGGUUUCCUCGAGCAGCUCCCAGAGAAUCCGAUUGCUGAUGCUCUUGCUCUUGCCGAAAGGAGCGAUAUCACAAUUCUCGUACUUGGCUUAAAUGAGGAGUGGGAGGGCGAAGGCCACGAUCGUACCACAAUGUCCCUCCCCGGGAAACAAGACGCGCUUGUGCAAACCCUCCUCAGAUCUGUUUCCCAUCCUGAAAAUGUGGUCAUUAUCAACCAGUCAGGGUCACCCGUAGAGAUGGACUGGGAAGCCGAGGCAAGUACCAUAGUCCAAGCAUGGUACGGUGGCCAGGAGGCUGGUAACGCUCUCUGCGAUGUUCUCAUUGGUAAGGUCAAUCCCUCAGGUCGGCUGCCUAUCAGCUGGCCAUUCAAAUACGGCGAUUUAGACUUCCAGAAGUCUAAGCAGACGUGGCCUGGUGUAGAUGGACAAGUCGACUAUGAUGAAGAGACACUGGUCGGAUAUCGCUGGUAUCUUCAUCAGGGGGUCAAACCGAGAUUCUGGUUAGGCUAUGGCCUUGGAUACUCGACUUUCGACAUCUCCAAGCUUGAGGCGUCGGAGACAACCUCAGGAUGGGAUCUCACUGCAGAAGUCAGCAAUACCGGAAAGAUGGCCGGCCAGGAGGUUGUUCAGCUGUACUCGUCCCCCCUCGAUGGUGCUGGGGUCCGGAAACUAAGAGCGUUUGAGAAGACAGGCAUCUUGGCCGCGGGCGAAAUGUACACAGUGACUCUGAGUCUCGAGAAAAGGGACUUGGCCCACUGGGAUGGAAGAUGGAUUACAGAGAAAGGAGUCUAUCUUCUGGAGGUCGGAAGGAAUGCCGGUGAUACAAAUAUGCUGACGGCCGAGGUGAUAGUUGAUGAACGACUAGAAUGGUGA